GAUCGGCUCCCCGUCAAAAAAAGGGGAAAACUCCGACCGGCUUCGCUCCAAAAGAAAAGAAAAACGCACGCCGCCCGGCUUUCCUUCGCCCGCUCGUCUGCCCCUCCGACGCCGGAGCUCCGCGCUCCCACCCGCCGGCCGCUCUCCGCCCCUCUGCAGGUCUUCCACCACCCGUCCCGUCCCUUCCUUACUCUCCUCCGCGAGGCCCCGUCCCCGCCCCGCCUUCUCCUCUCCUCGCCGCCGUCGACUGGACGACCCCAGCUCGCCGCCGUCCGCGAAGGCGACGACCGGCAGCAGCGGCCCGAAUCGAGGAGCGAGGGCCCUCUCAGGUGUUGAGUGGGCCAAAUGGCACAGAUUCCAAACCUCGAUAACGCCGCGCUCAAUCUUACUGCCCUGAGGGAGCAGUCACAGAAGGAACUUCUCAGCAUAAUCAAGAGUAUUAGGGGGAAGAAGUGUCUGGUCAUUGAUCCGAAGCUUGCGGGUACCCUCUCGCUGAUCCUGCAGACCUCGGUGCUAAAGGAAUAUGGCACGGAGCUGCGGAUCCUCUCUGCUGACCCUCUUCAGACGGAAUGCCCCAAAGUGGUGUAUCUUGUUCGCUCCCAGCUGAACUUCAUGAAAUUUGUGGCUAAUCAAAUUAAGAAUGACGAAUCCAAAGGGCUCCAGAGGGAAUACCACCUCUAUUCUGUACCACGCCGUAUAGUUGCCUGUGAGAAGAUUCUGGAGGAAGAGAAAGUUCAUCAAAAGUUGACAAUCGGAGAGUAUCCCUUGUAUCUAGUUCCUUUGGACGAGGAUGUCCUUUCUUUGGAGCUUGACUAUUCCUUGCAGGAAUGCCUUAUUGAAGGAGAUACAAGUUCUGUCUGGCAUGUUGCAAAAGCUAUCCAUAAGUUAGAGUUUGCCUUCGGGGUUAUCCCCAAUAUUAGAGCCAAGGGUGUAGCAUCAACCAAAGCUGCAGAAUUGCUGAACCAUAUGCAACUCGAAGACCCGGUCAGCAUGGAUAAUAUGGGGAUUCCAGAGAUAGACACCGUUAUUUUGCUAGAUAGAGAGGUGGAUAUGGUGACACCAAUGUGCUCUCAGCUAACGUAUGAAGGUCUAUUAGACGAGAUGUUGGAAAUUCAUAAUGGAUCUGUGGAAGUUGACGCCAGCAUUAUGGGUGCUCAACAAGAUGGAAAAAAGGUCAAGGUUCCACUCAAUUCAAGUGAUAAGUUGUACAAGGAGAUUCGAGACCUCAACUUGCAUGUUGUAGUUCAGGUUCACUCCACUGGCUUUACCUCUUGUAUAUCUUGUCAUGCAAACCCAAAUGUCUUGGAAAAAGUACAACAUAAGGUGACGGAACAAAUGAAUAACUUCUUGAUGGCGCCAUUUACUGCCGAAGAUGUUAAAAGGUUGUUUUCAGUAUGGUGA